AUGCGUUCUUAUAGUACCUCAGUUUUGGCUCACUUGUUUGGCAUCAUUUCCAUCAUCCUUUUGCUUGUUUGGUUGCUGCAUUAUCGUGAAGGGAUUGAAUAUGAUUCUGAUAAUCCACUUCGUGUUUUCAAUGUUCACCCUUUUCUGAUGUUCUUUGGGUUCAUUUUCCUUGUUGGUCAAGCAAUAAUGUCUUACCACACAGUACCAGGCACACAUGAAACACAGAAGAUUGUUCACAUGACACUUCAUUUCAUUGCCAUAAUUCUUGGAAUUGUUGGUAUAUGUGCCGUUUUCAAGUUCCAUGAUAUGGUGAACUUGGUUGAUGUUUACAGCCUCCAUUCAUGGAUUGGCAUUGGCACCUUUUGCUUGGUUGGCUUGCAGUGGCUUUUUGGACUGACGUUCAUGUUUCCUGGAUCAAGACAAUCAAGGGCUUCAAUGGCUCCAUGGCACAUAGCUGGUGGUAGAGCAUUAUUCUACAUGGCAAUUUGUGCUGCACUAACAGGCUUGAUGGAGAGGACUGCUAUGUUGAAAUUACAGCCACACCAAAGAGAAUCUCAUUUGAUCAAUUUCCUUGGUCUAUCUAUUCUCUUGUUUGGUGUUUUUGUGGAUGUAACUGUUGGUUUGGCCCAUUUUGCUUGA